CGGGGCGCGCGGCCCGGGUACGGCGGCCGGGCGGGACCGGGAGCGGGGCCGGGCGGAGCCAUGGAGGUGCAGUCCUACUACACCAAGCUGCUGGGGGAGCUGAACGAGCAGCGCAAGCGGGAUUUCUUCUGCGACUGCAGCAUCAUCGUGGAGGGCAGGAUCUUCAAAGCGCACAAGAACAUCCUGUUCGCCAACAGCGGCUACUUCCGAGCGCUGCUCAUCCACUACAUCCAGGACAGCGGGCGCCACAGCACGGCCUCGCUCGACAUCGUCACCUCCGAGGCUUUCUCCGUCAUCCUGGAUUUCCUCUACUCGGGGAAGCUGGACCUGUGUGGGGACAACGUCAUCGAGGUGAUGUCCGCCGCCAGCUACCUGCAGAUGACCGACGUGGUCAACUUCUGCAAGAGCUACAUCAGGUCCUCGCUGGACAUCUGCAGGAAGAUGGAGAGGGAGGCCGUGGUGUUCUACCAGGCCGACAGCGGCAGCUCGGCCAGGGAGGGCCCCUCGGCGGGCUCCAAGGGCUCCGCUGCCCCCGCCUCCUCCCUGCAGGAGAAGGUUCUGGAAUGCCGGCGGGACCCUCCCUGCGGGGACUGUGGCAGCUGCCACCCUCUGGAGCUGGUGGCCGGGGACGCUCUGGGCGGCGAUGGCUGCAGGAGGGUGGAACCCAAGGUGGAGUUCGACCCCGACGAGGCGGAGGCGCCGUUCCCCGCGCCCGCGGCGGCGCUGGAGCCCAUGGAAGAGGGGCAGCCCCUGGAGCUGGCCUGCAAUAAUUUGCACAUGAAGCAGUUCCUGGAGGCUCUGCUGCGCAACAGCUCGGCCCCGAGGAAGGAGGAUGUGAUGCAUCACUUGGUCCGGGGAUUUGAGGGUAGGGCUGAGGAGGCUGGAGUGGCCGUGAGCUCCAUGGUGGACAUUCACAGCGACUGGUAUGGUGAGGACACAGGUGACGUGCUGGUGGUGCCCAUCAAGCUGCACAAGUGCCCGUUCUGCCCCUACACGGCCAAGCAGAAGGGGAUCCUGAAGCGCCACAUCCGCUCGCACACCGGGGAGCGGCCGUACCCCUGCGAGACCUGCGGCAAGCGCUUCACCCGCCAGGAGCACCUGCGCAGCCACGCCCUCAGCGUCCAUCGCUCCAACAAGCCCAUCAUCUGCAAGGGCUGCAGGAGGACCUUCACCAACAGCCUGUCCCAGGGGCUGCGGCGCUUCGGGCUCUGUGACAGCUGCACCUGUGUCACCACCACCCACGAGGACUCCCUGCCCAUCAACCUCAGCCUGGUGGAAACGGCCUCAGAAGGGCAGGAGAAAGGAGAUGCUGACAAUGAUUGGCCCAUCUAUGUGGAGUCUGGAGAGGAAAAUGACCCAGCUGAGGAGGAGGAUGGCGAUGACAAGCAGGAAAUCCACCGGAGUUUGUCGGACAGAGAGACUUUGAUGUAGCAGUGAGAGGAGAGAGGGAGCACUGAGAGGUUCCCUGGCAGUGUCUGUGACAGAAAACUGCACAUUUGCUCCAUCAGUGACACUGUGCUGGUUUUUAUUAUUCUGGGUUUUAAUUAAAUGGGGAGGAGAACUGGA